GAGCCAGCUACUGCACUGCUGCUGUUUUGGAAAGAGAGAGAGAAAGGGAGAGAGAGUGAAAAGGAAGAGGAGGACAGACAAAGCGGAUUGAGACUGUGGGAGCUUGUGUGUUCAUUUCAUCACCAUUUAAGAACCAACCAAGGAGGACAGAGAACAGGAGGAAAGAGAGUCAAAAAACGACUCUGAAAAAGCGAAAGUGAAAUAGAGGGUGAAGGAGGUAAAGGAAGGGAGGAAGCUGGGUCUGAGGAAAGGCGUCUGACAUUGCUUGUCUCGCUUCACACGCAGGAAGAUUUCUGCUCAGCCAGCCCACAGCUGCUUUUUCCCCCUUACUACUCUUGGAGCGUUGUCCUCCAUCCUUUCUUCUCCUCUGAGCAAGAGGAGGAGAGCUAGAAGGAGAAAGAGAGGAGGAGGAGGAGGGGAGGCAGCCCCCCCUCCCCCUUACACAGACACACGGCACAGAACGAAGGGAGAGAGAGAGAGAAGCAGAGAAAAGAGAGCCUGUUCCUUGCCGUCUCUCUGUCGUCCCUCGGCGAGCGAGCGGCUAACAGGCACCGCUCAUGUCCAUGAACUCAGAGAAAUCCUCGUCCCCCGAAAGGCCUGAGACCCAGCAAAAAGCCCCGGUGUCUGCCCCAACUCCCCCGCCUCCCCCUCCAGCCCCCCCUGAGCCGGCCGUCCCCCCAGAGCCAGAGGAGGAGAUCUUAGGCUCUGACGAUGAGGAGCAGGAGGACCCCGCAGACUACUGCAAAGGUGGAUACCAUCCGGUGAAGAUAGGGGACUUGUUCAAUGGGAGGUAUCAUGUGAUCCGCAAGCUGGGCUGGGGUCACUUCUCCACCGUAUGGCUGUGCUGGGACAUCCAGGUAAAGAACUUUGUGGCGAUGAAGGUGGUGAAGAGUGCUCAGCAUUACACAGAGACAGCCCUGGAUGAGAUCAAACUGCUCAGAUGUGUGAGAGAGAGUGACCCCUCUGACCAAAACAAAGAAAUGGUGGUUCAGCUGAUAGAUGACUUCAAGAUAUCUGGAAUCAACGGAAUACAUGUGUGUAUGGUGUUUGAGGUUCUGGGACACCACCUUCUAAAGUGGAUCAUCAAGUCCAACUACCAGGGCCUUCCUCUUCCCUGUGUUAAGAGUAUUAUCAAACAGGUUCUGCAGGGCUUGGACUACCUCCACAGCAAGUGUAAGAUCAUCCACACAGACAUCAAGCCGGAGAACAUCCUGAUGUGUGUGGACGAUGCGUUUGUCCGCCGCAUGGCCGUGGAAGCCACAGAGUGGCAGAAGGCUGGGGCGCCCCCGCCCUCUGGAUCUGCAGUCAGCACAGCACCACAAGCCAAACCGGUAGGGAAGAUCUCUAAGAACAAGAAGAAGAAGCUGAAGAAAAAACAGAAGCGUCAGACCGAGCUGUUGGAGAUACGCAUGCGGGAGAUCGAGGCCCUGGAGAGAGAGGCUGAGAAACAGAGGGCCACAGUAGGCCCCGAUGGUGAGGGGGAUACACACUCCCCAAAACACACACCCCGCAACGCGGCACUGGGGCCCGCCGUUGCACUGGGCGAGAGUGAUGACGACGACGAUGAUGACGAUGAAGAGGAUGGAGACGAGGAGGAGGAAGGAGAGACAGAGAGGGAGAGGCCAACCAGGCUAACCAAUCACACCUGUGCAGCCACACCUCAGGAGCAGUCAGAGGUGCCCCCCACCCCAGAGGCAGCAGCAGAGCCAGAGGGGGAGCCCACCCCCAGCCCUACCCCAGAGACAGAGACACAGAACCCCACACCCACCACCACUACACCUGGGGAUAGCAACGGAGCUACCGCAAAUCCAGAGGGAGAGGGGGACGAGGGGGAGAAAGAGGAGGUUAAGGAAGAGAAUGACAAUGAGGAGGUGGAGGAGGAAGAUGGGGAAGAAGAGGAUGAGGAUGAAGAGGACUUGGUUACAGCUCCUGCCGAAAAAGAUGAGAAAGCGGAACCAAGAACAGAGGAGGAGGUGAAGGGUGAGGAGACCAAGGAGCAGGAAAAGGACAAAGAGGAAGAGGAUGAGUACGAUGAUGACGAUGACGACGACGAUGAUGAUGACGAUGAUGAUGAAGACGACGAUGCUGAUGAAACAGAAACGGGCGCUGACGACCUCACUAACACCAUCUCCACCACCAUGGUACACAACAACAACACCCCCAAAACCAAUGGCCAUGUCCUCCUAGGGGGUGAGGAGAGGGACAGGGAGAGAUGUCCCAGAGCCAACCCCCCAGCCUCUACCCCCUCACCCAUCCCUCUGCGCUGCCCCCUGGUAGAGUCAGAGAUCAGCUGCACGGAUAGGGAUCAAAGCUCCCUCAGCUCCUCCUACGAGCUCUUCAAUGGCGAGGUGGUCACGCCAGGCCUGACCAACGGGGCGCAGCGCCACAGGGGCACGGUGCCACGCUUCCCCGACCUGCCUCUGGACCCUGACCCGGGUAGCCCCGUCACAGUGGGCGAAGCUGGUCAACCGGGGUCCGGGACUUCCCCUCACAGCCCCACUGCAGACCGCAGUCGUACUGUGUCGUCCUCAAGCACUGGGGACACGCCUAAAGAUGAUGUAGUUCUAGCUAAGGCCAAAGCAGCAGACCUCCUGGUCAACCCCCUGGACCCUCGCAACGCUGACACACUCCGAGUCAAGAUAGCUGACCUGGGCAACGCCUGCUGGGUGCACAAGCACUUCACAGAGGAUAUUCAAACCAGACAGUACCGCUCCAUAGAGGUCCUGAUAGGAGCUGGGUACAGCACUCCUGCUGACAUCUGGAGCACCGCCUGCAUGGCAUUUGAGCUGGCUACAGGAGACUACCUGUUUGAGCCCCACUCUGGGGAGGACUACUCCAGGGAUGAGGGUGAACUGAGGCACAUCACCAAGCUGAAGCCCUGGUCUCUGUUUGAUGUGUUGGUGGAGAAGUACGGCUGGGCACCAGAGGACGCCGGCCACUUCACCCACUUCCUGCUGCCCAUGCUGGAGAUGGUCCCAGAGAAGAGGGCGUCAGCCGGGGACUGCCUCAGCCACCCCUGGCUCAACUCGUAGCGACACCAACCCCCCCUCUAGUGGCAGCCUCCACAACCUGCUCAAAGCCAGGCCCUCGAGGCUGGAGAGAGAGAGGGAGUGAGAGGGUGUGGGGGGGUACAGGGGGUUCCCUUUUCUCGGUCCCUCUCUGCCUUGUCCUGAGCCCGCCACACACAUACACAUAGACAUACACACAUGCAACAGACGCCCACAGAGCCUCAGCAGAAACCACAAAGCUGUCAAAGACCAGACCGAGAGAGGCUGCUCCCUCUGCUGUCCUCCCCAUAGGUCCCAUACAACCCCUCACAGGAAGAAUAGAGGGCCCCAGGAAGGGAGUUGGAUGGAGUCAAACUCCCACAGUUCUUAACAGGCAGGACAGAGAUCCCUACACAACAUGAGCAGCCAUGGUUAGGACUAUGUCUCCUACUUAGAAAGACCAAUUCAGUCUAAACAGAGACUAAGCCACCCAUAUGAAUGGGUUCUCUGCAAUAUCCCAGCCAGUUUUCUCCUGUCCAGUCUUCUCCUGUCUUAUCCGGAGCAUAAUGGGUUUCCCAUUAGAAGUCAAUAAGAACCUCUGUCAGAAUGCUGACUGUGUGAUUGCUCCAUCUGCCUGACCUUACAGCAGCACAGCCCAAACUUGCUGAGGCAGAAGUGUGUUUAUGUGUGUAUGUGAGUGUUUGUUAUUAGUGUGUGUCUACACUGCCCAGUCUGUAGGUGUGUGUGAACGUCCCUCUCCUACAAAGGAGAAGCAACAACACUUCCAGAUUAGGAGUUGCCCUUUUACCCUACUCUUCCUCUCCUCUCAUCUCUCUCCAGCCCCUGCCCCACUCCCUCUCUCUGUAGGGGUACCUCAGGCCCCUGCUCCCCCCUCCAUGCCCAGGACUGAAACAGUGUCACUGAACUGUUUACAGCCCCCCCCCCACCCAGCCACCAACACUGAGCUGCAUGCCAGUCCCGGCCACUGCAGAGACACGGAGGGCAGCCAGCCCACCAGGGGUCUCCAGAACUGAACCGCUGCCACACAGACAGACAAACAGGGCACGGAACAAACAAAGAUCCUAAAAGACUGAUGAUCGAUGAACCGGACUGCUUCUUCUGUAAAGAGUUUCUCUGUCGUGAAAAAGAGUGAAAUGCAUGAAGGCUGAUUGAUUGACAGGACGGGAUGAUGAUGAUGGACAGGUGUUACUUAGUUGUGCGUUUCAUUGGUUCAUUUGUUUUUUAUCAAUGUUUUUGUUUUCUUCUGUGUUUUAUUUUGAAGCCACUUGCGCUAACCUUUUUGGUGCCUCGUGUGAGAAUAGCAACGUUCCUCAUGUUCACUUUUUCAAAUCCUUCCUCCCUUUAACCGUUGACAUUCCUGAUCCAGUCACACCAUUCCUCUCUUCCUCUUUAUCCCAAAAACAAGAACAAUCGUUGAGUCCCUGUGGCGUGGCAGCUUUACCAGAUCUGAUUAUCCCCCUUAUUACCUACAGACGAAACUCUCCAUCUUUGAUCCUGAGCUUCUCCAGAAGGGGUUCGUCAAAUGGAGGUUGCACUUGUCUUUGUAGGAUGUCGUUCAGGGAUUUACCUUCACAUUUGACCUUUUAGUCAUUUAGCAGACGCUCUUAUCCAGAGCGACUUACAGUAGUGAGUGCAUACAUUUUACUUUUUCGUACUGGUCCCCUGUGGGAAUCAAACCCACAACCCUGGCGUUGCAAGCACCAUGCUCUACCAACUGAGCCACCUUUGUACAUAACUCUAAGAUCCGGCUCCGGAGAGACGACCGACUGACAGAUUUGAAACAAUGCACGCAUCAUUCCUAAAAGAGGCUGUCACGGACACUGGCCCAGAGCAGACAGUGGCGAAAGGCUGAACCACUCUGGAGGCCACUAAGUGGAAUGUGAAACUGCACCACUUUGUGGUUGAUGAGGGUACUGCAUUGAUGCACUGCAGCAUCUGUGCCAAUGCUCCAUAUGUUCCACUCAACUGCUCUCUCACGCUCAUCACAAUUAAGAGUCCAGUUGCCUAUUUUUCGCAAUAAAAUAAAAAUAAGUAUGUAAAGGGUGAGAUAUUUUUUUAACUAUUUAAUUUAAUGUAAAAAAAGAAGCAAAUUUCUCUGUGACAGUGACUGAAUCUCGUCCUAUUGAGGUGAUUGUGUUGGUUUGUUUAGAGAUGUUUUUAAUUUCUUUUGUAAUUAUUAUUACUGUCACUAUUAUUCUGAUUAGUUAUUUUCUACUCAGUUGUUACCUCGUCCUCCCCUACUAUAUGGACAACGCUGCUCUGUUUGGACUUGUGACAGUGAAGAAAAUAAAAAAAUAUGUUUGUUUUUUUUGGUCACCAAAAGCUCCUGAUCUCUCUCUCAGCCAUGCUGACUGUUCUUCCUGACAGAAUUGCGUCUCUUGUCUGUGUUUUUCAUUGACAGAUUUAAUAAAAUUGUAAAUUAAUGGA